GAUAGAAUCGCUGACAAAUUUACUUGAUCAAAUUACUGGGAUACGAUAAGAUGAAGGAAAUACCCGAGAGCAGUACUAUUGCUGUUGUGAUUGAGGUUACAAUUCUUCUAGCUAUCAACGCGGUAGCGUUUUUUGGAAACUUUCUUGUCUGUUUGGCUUCGUUUCGAAACCAUCGCCUUCGUACCACCACCAACUUGUAUGUGAUAGCUCUUGCCAUUUCUGAUAUUUUAGCGGCUUGCAUCACUAUGCCGCUAACGUCUGCAGCCAUCAUCAAAGGACGAUGGAUAUUUGGUCCCGUAAUUUGCGGGAUACAGGGGUUUUUCGUUCAUUUUCUUAUCUAUGCGUCUAUGCACACCAUGGCUUUAACCGCUAUCAACCGUUAUUUUCGCAUCGUCAAACCCCAGAAAUACAAAACGCUUUUUGGCGGGAAUCGAGCUGCCAUCUUUCUUGCUCUUGUAUGGAUUCUAGUGGCCUUCAUUGUUGGUUUGCCCCCAGUUCUUGGCUUCGCGCAGUUUGACUUUCGUCCAGGUUCAUCGCUGUACAUGUGUAUUUUGUACUUUGACAGCAAGCUCGGUGAAGUGACUUUCUUGUUGGUCAUAAUCUUUUUGUAUGUAGUAUGUUCUCUUGUGGUCAUGGCCGUGUCAUACAUCCAAGUAUCUAGAGCUAUCCGCUGCCACAAUCUUCAGCUAGGACACACUAUUUACCUUAAUAAAAGACUUACAGGAAUCAGUGUUGAGGAAAUUCGCAUCACGAAGACGCUUUUUGUGUUGGUUCUUGCCUUCACGAUAUGCUGGAUCCCUGUUUAUACCGCAGUGGCCAUCAUUAGAUCAGGGUUGGGUUCUUUGACUCCAAUAGGAUCUCUCUUUGCAACAUAUAUAAUCUGCAUCACGAGCGCUAUCAAUCCAUUUGUCUAUGCGUUCAAAAAUAAAGCAUUUAGAGACGAAUUCAAGCAGAUUUUAAUGUGUUUUACUUCUUGUAAAGAACGCGUCUAUCCUCGAGAAGAGUUAGCUGAGAAUCGACCGAUGGUGUUGUUGUCACAGAGACUUAAUACUCAAUCAAUAAACAGUGAAAAACAAAGAUAGUUCAUGGGAAACUCUUUUCGUGCGCUCCAUUUCUUGAUAAACAUAUCAUUGAACAAAUUUGCUACCAUCUAAUCAAAAUAAGCACGCAUGUACUUGAAUCGUAAAAGGGAUUGAUAAACUAAAAAACAGUACUGAAACGCAAGUGGGAACUAGAUACUGGAAGUUGCAUUGUGUCAGCAAUAAGGCCGGUUAUGGCCACUUGGUUUGAUAUAGUUACUCCGGCAUAGUUUUCAGUGCCGGAU